GGCCGCAUGACGUGCUCCAAUUUCUGAGCUGGUUUCUGAAAUCUAUCGGAAUCUGGCGAUUCCACGCUCAGAAAUGAAUCGGAUUUCAGAAAAAAGGGCGCAGACAAGCAGGCCCCGUGAACAAAGUUUUUUGAGCGUGGAUGUCACCGGGGCCAACGAUGUCAGUGACGAAGCUUUGAAGGUCGUAGAAGACGAAUUGUUCGCUCUGUGCCGGGCCAACAACGUCCCAGAACCAGAGUUUCAAAUUAUCGGAGCUUGCAACAAUUUGGCGCAAAAGGACCGGCACUUCAUAAGCCUGCUGCAGAUCGGCGAAAUCAAAAUUUCCAGUUAUCCCGUAUUGUACACCAGCAAGAAUGGGUCAAAGUUCGACGUGGUGACACGAGCUAUCCACGAACUGAGCCUCGACGCUCCAAAGUUCAAGCCGGAUUCGCAAGAGCUGUACAUAGAAGGAAGCGCGACCUCCGAGAUGCUAGAAAUGCCAAUCUCGGCCUCGGACGGAAGUACGGACGGGCUCGCGCCUAUGUACGCCGGUGAGUGCCCUUUCGGAUACGCGCCAGAGUGCCCACCAGAGUACGCGCAGGAGUGCCCACCAGAGUACGCGCAAGAGGGCCCACCAGAGUACGCGCAAGAGUAUCCAUCGGGAUACGAGGCACAGUAUGAGCCAGAACAGAACGGGUUCGCACCGGCUCAAGAAUACGCGUUAGAGAACUCGCAAGGGUAUCCACCGGAGCAAACGGCAGACUAUCCACCGGAGCAAACGGCAGAGUAUUCGCCGGAGCAAACGGCAGAGUAUUCGUCGGAGCAAACUGCAGAGUAUUCGUCAGAGCCCGCGCCGGAGUCAAAUCCUGAGCAUACAGAAGAUGAGGCGUCCACCGACAUCUACCAAGUCCAAGCAGAGGAACUCGGUCUAGCUUACGAGAGUCAAGACAUCUACGCAGCUGAUUUCAAUGCCGAAACCGUAAGCGAGGCAGAGCUCUACGGCGAGGCCCCUGCAGCUCCCUCUUCCUCCGAGACCGGCUAUGUUUCGGAAGAUCCAACUCAGAUCGGUGCAGGGAUCCAUCCACUGAACUUCGCGACUAGAGGGCAGCUAUACGCCGAAGAAGGCGGUGAAUACGCAGCGCCAGAUGUCGAGGGUCAGGUCGAUUACGGGGCUCCGCGAGGAACCCUCCUCACCAGUGCCGUCGGAGACGCGUUCAACUCAUCAUGGUUGGAUCGAGAUCAAUUCUGCGCUCAAACCAGCCUCAUCCGAUCCAGUGACGCCGUUCGAGGACGAGGUGCUCCUCCGGAUCUCCAAUCUUAUUACGACCAAACAGAUGGCGUGCUCACUCCAGAAGGUGCCGCGCUCUAUGAAACCGCAGAACACUCGACCGACGAGGCAGAUCAGGGCGCUCAUGAGGCUUACUACGAUCCGGGAGCCGAGAUACUUUACGGCUCGGAGGUUCAAGAGGACCAAGCUGGAGCCGCCAUCUACGAGAACGAAGAGCAAGGCGUACAGCAAACGGAUCCUGGAGUCGACGUCUACUACAACACCGAUCCCGAAGCCGCCCAAGAAACCCUCGUUAACGGGGGCACUUUCGAAGCAGGAGUUCACGGUGAAGUUGAUCGAGCAGGCUACGAGGCAGCCGGGAACCAAUACACCGAAAAUUAUUACCAGGAAGAAUCGAGUGAAACGUCAGCCGACCCAACGCUUCAAGAAGGAUCGUAUGCCGUUCAAGACGAUGCUUACCAGCCUUCUCUUUACGAGCAGGGCGAAACUCUUCCGCAAGGAGUCGAGCAGGGGGCUGAGCUCUACGCUGAAACUUUCCCGACAGCGAGUCUCACGGAAAGCUACGAUGAGGCUAGUCAUAGUCCACAGCUCUACGGCGCUGAGCAGCGAACCCUGGCCGAUGCGAUGGCUGACGUCACGCUGCAAGACGUUCACUCGAUCGCGGCGUACUACGACGAACAACCACAUAUAGGGGAGAUCUGCGCUGUUACGAGCCAUUAUGGGGGCAUGCCCGCGGAGCUAUAUCCUUCAGAUAUUAAGUACGGAUAUCAAACAGCUCCAGAGAGCUCCGAACCCGACGAUACCACAAGCGAUCAAGCAGCCGCUGGUGAUUUAUACUUUGGUGAACAAUAUGCGACAGCGACUUUCCAAGAUCCUACCGCGCCGUCCAACGUCUUCUACACCGACGAAGCGUAUCCCAGUUCUUCGACGGUAGGAUCAGACAGUUAUGAGUUCAAGAAAGAGCCGUGCUCGAGCGAGAUCGAUGUUGAAACCCUGACAGAACAGGAUGCCCUCGAGUCGCACCAGGGAAAUCAUCUAGAGUCCCCGAGGAUCGGAGGAUCCCUGCAAUCUCGCUUACAAAGCGCGGUGAUCGUGAACAUCAAGUUCGAUGGAUACGUCACUCUGAAUCUACACGGCCCUGGGUACGAAGCAUUCAAAGCUCUGGACUACAACUACAACCCGGAACCAGUGGAAGCUUGCGAGAUCGGUCAGUGGUACGCGGUGACGUACGAUUGCGGAGACGAAAGAAACACAUCAAGGGCUGUCGCACAAUAUGCCUUCGACGAUAAUCAGACAUAUAUGAUGCACUUCGCGGAUAUCGAUUACGAAGAUGCCGUGACUAUUGAUUCAAUCCACGAGCUCGAGAACUCGAUGGAAGUCUACCAAGUACCGCCCCAGGGACUCACGGUCGAGGUCAUGGAUCUGACGGAGAAGAAAAUAUCGCCGCACACCGUUGAGAUGCUCUUGAAAGAGUGGCUCUCGAAGGACGUGUACAUUAUCCCUGUCGAAACUACAGGGACCGUUCCGAAAGUGAGAUUGAUUGACUCAACUGGGAAGCUCCUGGAUGUGUGA